AGAGAGAGAGAGAGAGAGAGAGAGAGAGAGAGAGAGAGAAGGAAAAAGUGACUAUAAUAAUAAUAAUAAGGCUGCGUUGUUUAUCCAAAGAAGGGGGAUGGGUUGGACUUGUGGUGAAUUCUGCGCCAAACUUUUCUAAAUUGUACCCCCCAGCCCCCCUUCACACAAAACUUCACCGGUUUCUAUUCGCACUACUGCCUCAAUCUUACCCUCAACGCACCACCGACCAAGGUCAGUUUCAGUGUCCGCCCACGGGAACUGGCAACGCGGCACCAAACCUCCACGGACCCCGGCAACUUCUUCUCUCCCUUUUUUUUCUUCCGAACUUUGGAGUUUGACUCGCUGGCUGAACAAACGCGACGGACUAAAACACACUGACCCCUGUACACGGAUGGAGAAAAGCUGCAGCAACGAAGGAGUGAAUUAGCCGAACAAACGCUCGUUGAACGUUCAAGUUUGUGUGCGUUAAAAUCGAAGUGACACCAUGUUGGGAAACCCGGGGUCUUACGCCAACAAGAAGAGGAAGAAGCCUGUUCUCAAACAGAAGAAGGCCUCUGAAAGCAAUGACGUCGUCAAGUCGAACCCUUCAAAGCGCCACCGGGAUCGGCUGAACGGCGAGCUGGACCGGCUGACCGACCUCCUGCCCUUCUUGGGGGAGGUGCGCUCUCGUCUGGACAAGCUGUCGGUGCUGCGCCUCAGCGUGGGUUACCUGAGGGUCAAGAGCUACUUCAAAGCGACUAUGAACACCAGCAGCAGCCUGAUGUUCUCUGGAGUGAACGGGCAGAACGGGAACAGCAUGGACACCUCUGGCUUCUCUGAGGGGGACCUGCUGCUCCAGGCGUUGAACGGGUUCGUGAUGGUGGUCACGUCAGACGGAUCGGUGUUUUACGUCUCCUCCACCGUCAAGGACUACCUGGGCUUUCAUCAGUCGGACGUGGUUCACCAGAGUGUGUUUGAGCUCAUCCACACCGAUGACCGGUCCUUGUUCAGACAGCAGCUCCACUUUGCUCUGAACCCCCCGUCUGCUGCCGCGGGCGGAGACGUGUUGCAGAGUGCCGGCAGCACGGUGAUGUACAGUCCCGAGCAGCUUCCCCCAGAGAACUCGUCCUUCCUGGAGAGGAGCUUUGUGUGUCGCUUCCGCUGCCUCCUGGACAACUCCUCCGGCUUCCUCGCGCUGAAGUUCCAGGGGCGGCUGAAGUACGUCCACGGCCAGAAGGUUUCCAACGGGAACUGUAACAAACCUCAGCUGGCGCUCUUCGCCAUCGCUGUACCCGUCCAGCCGCCAACCAUCGUGGAGAUCAGAGCCAAAAUGCUCCUCUUCCAAACCAAGCACAAGCUGGACUUCACACCCAUGGGCGUUGAUAGCAGGGGGAAGAUUAUUCUGGGAUACUCAGAGAUCGAGCUGUGCAUGAAAGGCUCCGGCUACCAGUUCAUCCACGCAGCCGACAUGAUGUACUGCGCCGACAGCCACAUCCGCAUGAUUAAAACAGGAGAGACCGGUCUGACUGUGUUCAGGCUCCUGACUAAGUCGGGUGGCUGGGUGUGGGUGAAGUCCAACGCCAAGCUGAUCUACAAAGGAGGAAGACCUGAGUUCAUCAUCGCAUAUCAGAGAGCUUUAGUCAACGCGGAGGGCGAGGAGUAUCUGCGUCGGAGGAGGCUGCAGCUUCCCUUCAGCUUCACCACAGGAGAGGGCGUCCUCUAUAACACCGGCCCCUCCGUGGACGUCUCGCAGUUUCAGUUCAAUACAAUGUUCAGCAACGUGGAAGACAUGAAGAAGGACGUGACCCCCGGCUCUUUGCUGGACUGCUUCCUGAGUCAGGAUCAAUCGGUGUACAUGCAGGUGCCGGACACCCCUCUGCCCAUGGAUCAGGUGUUCAUGGACAGCCAGGCGCUGGUCAGCGUGGCCGGUGAGGCGUGGCAGGAGAGAGGAGACACAGCCGCGAUGGGCGACGCCGCUGUCGUCGUGAAGGAGGAGGCCAAACAGUCGAUAAUGGCUGUGAUCGACAACCUGGAGAAAAUGGCUCAAGACGGCGACUUUUGCUCGGCUCUGCAGGAUCUGGACGUCAGCGACGUGGAGCUGAUGGAGUGGGAAAAUACCCUGAAGAGAUUAAGUCAGGACGGGGAUCAGCAGAGCAACGUCAAGGCUGAGCUGGACAGCAUCCUCACCAACGAUAUCUUUGACUUCAUCGAUACUGUUUUGUUCAAGCAGAAGGGAGACGCCAGCCCUCCCAGCUGCCUCACAGCGGCCAACAAUAACCAGCAGGACCCCUUCACCCAGGCCGGACUCGGCGAGCCGCAGUUGUUUGAGACACCGAGCCCUGAUCGUACAUACUCUCCGAUGAACGGUCUCUACGCUCGCCAGCAGGAAACAAUGAACGGCCCAGUGAUUGCAGAGUCUGCUCAGAUAUUCACCCAGAAACUCUCCCACCUCGGCCCCCUCAUUACUCAGGCUGACCCGAACCUGCCUGCUGUUCAACAGCUGCAGCUCCGGGACAUUUUCAGCCCGUCUAUAGAGCUCCCAGAGCUCACUGUCCCUGACGCCUCAGCUCCUUUCCCGUCCUGUGGGCGGGCACCUAUCACCCACAUGGGCGGCCCUCUGGGGAUUUCCGCACAGACGCAGCCCGGCCAGCUUCUGCGGUGUCCUCAAAACAGUUUUCCGGCUCCUGCAAUCGCACCAAACGGACAGUUACUGCAGAGCUCUGCUCGACAACCAAACAACGUUGCGCCCGGCGUGAUGAACAUUUUGCCCCCCCUGAUUCCUUGCAACGCCUUCAAUUCUAUCAGCACACCUACUAUUCCCGUUCCCUUUGCCACAACGUGUCUACAAGGAAGCCCCUCAUUUGAAACGCACUGCCAACAGGUUCAGCAGUGGCCGCAGAGCCGGCAGCAGAAGCCGCCUCACGCCGGCCUCGUGCAGAACGGACACGAGCUGAUGCCGGCACGCCACAGCCAAACUCCCGGAAGCCAAACACUCCCACGUGCCGGCCUGUGGCCGAGCAGCGUCGCCGGACUGAACCACGCUCAGCCGGGAGGGCUGACGUGCAGCCAGGCAGUUGCUCACAGCAGCUGCAUGUUCGACCAGCACUUUGCCUCCAGUCCAGCAGGAGGCGACGUCCUGGCUCUCUCCGGCUCCUCGGGCCUGCGGGGGGCUGACGCGUCCCUGGAUCAGAGUCCUCCUCAAGGUUCCUGCUACUUCCAGUGGAGCCACAGCGAGUCCGUGGUGGGCACGUCCGCCAUCAACCAGGAGAAGACCAACAUCAGCCCGCCCAGCAUGUCAGAGCACUCACUCAACAUUCAGCACUACCUGGAAUGCCACCAACAGACUCAGCAGGAUGAAAGAGUCUCUGCUGAACUCAGUGGGGUUUUUGCCACUCCUGCUCAGGACGUGGCCGUGUACCUGGCGGAGUAGAGUCACGCCACCUUGUUAUUUCACAGGACAAAACUCAGUAUCGUUGGCCUGUAUCAGCGCUUAUCCACAGACUCUCGUGCUUACCCUUAUUAAUAAUGUUUUAUAUCGUUUAUACUCUGUCCAGUCUGUAAUGUUUAAAAGCUGUGCUCGUCAGUUUUGAGUGAAGAUACACUAUAGUAAUAAUGAAGUAUAAAGCCACAAGUGCGUUUAGCAGGAUGGAGCUUGAGCCAGCUAGGAGGAUUGGUCAAGUAGAUCCAAACAGCCAAAGAAAUAGGUUUUUAUGAGGGAAACCAGGUGUUGUCACGUCUGGGACAUUCAUUCAUCUCCCAAUUUUGAAUACCUAAAAUACUAGAAGAUAUAUAUAUAUAUAUAUAUAUAUAUUCUAAACGUUGAUGAUGACCUUUUCUCAAAGAUGUCGUCAUCAUCUUUGUAAAAGAAACAGUGAAAAUAAAUCACUUAAAGUGACAGCGACCUGAAAGCACAGCUGUAACGUCAACUCAAUGUUAUUACAGAUAAAAUAAUCUGUAUGUUUUUAAUGAAAACUCUUAGAUGUGGUUGAUGUAAAUACAAUCUGUAAUCCAAACGGUAGUAUUCGUUUCACCAAAAGAGCCUCGCUCUGGCUCACACACCCUCUCACGUGUACAGCAGGUUCAGUGUGCUUUAGUGGAGAAACGCUGCAGAGGUUUGUCAAACACAUAAACGUAAGACCGACGGCAAACAUGUCCGCAAUAAGCAGAGCAGUCAGGAAACGACUGCCCGUCUGAUUGUCUCAUCAGCUCUGCUUCCUGUAAACUUCUGCCAGGAAUGACAGCAUUUUGAAUUUGUCGCAUUAUUUUUCAUUUCAGUGUUGUUGUUUUUUAAACUGAAAAUAAGCGUAGCUGCAGUUGAGUUCUUUUGAAUGCGCUGCUGCUAAUACAGACGUGUACUCGAGGGUCGUUUUGAGAUGCAUCUUAUUAUAUUCAGUAAUGGAACUUAAAGUAAACUGGAAGUCCCGUGACAAUGAGCCUUAAGAAAUCAGUCCGUCAAUAGAAUCACUCUUCGUAUCACGCCGCACUGUAAUCAUGCACUCAUCUCAACAGAAUGCUCAGUGAUUGCAAGAAGAAAAAAAGUCUAAGACGUCCAUGAGUCACAGUCGAGGCCUGAAUGAUCUCUAUUCUACAAACAGUGAGGUAGUUUUACGGGAAAGCUUUCUCAAAGAUUGCUCCAACACGCUGUCGAUAACGUCACCCCGUUCCAUUGGCCGGCUCCUGAGAAUGAUGCAUGGGCCUCCGCUCUACACUCUUCAACAGUUACCAAAACCGAUGGUGCCUUCAGGUGCUCUUUAGUCAAACAAAAACGUCACAUCUGUCGCAGCAAAGUUGCCCUCGAACGGAGAAAAAAAAAAUGCUAAAAAACCCCAGACAGUAAAUCAAGACGUUGACCGAGGUAGCGGCGUAAAGAUGACGCAUCCUCCCAUCCAUCUACUGCAUGUGAUGUAUGUUCUAAAUCAAAUGCACAACUUCAAAGGAUGGACUUCUGUGGUCCUACAUAGGAACGCCCUAAAACGUGUAUUAACCCAAACAUUAAUUUAUAUGAUGGCAUCACGACCACAUACACAUUUUUCUUGUGCCUUUCGUACCGAGUGGGCAGCUUAAAACAUAUCUUCGUGUAAAUGUAUCUGUGCCUUCUUGUAAAGUAACAUAUUGUUUUCUACGGCCAUCCUUUAGAGCUGCACUACUAUGAGGGAAGCCGUGUCCAUAGGGGACGCAGUGUGUUUACUGUAAAGUAAAGGUUUUAUCCUUAAGUGCAUUUCAAGGCUCGGAGGAAUCUCUCCAUCACACAGAACGUCCGCACCAAUGGAAACAAGGGAAAAUACUUAACGUGACCUAUCUCUGUAGAGAUGGUAAGAUUUCUUGCAUUGAUGAGUAACCAGGUCCCACAAUGCACUCUGUCCAUAUUUACUUUGUUCCUUCUCUUCAUUGUGGCUCCAUUAUAUCUGCUCUUUAUUUCCACACUACAAGGAAUGGUUUUGGAUUAACCUGAGUUGAGAAACCAUGGCAGCUCUAUCGUAUCCCUGCUGCACUGUGGGAAAUCACUCAGUAUUUGACCUUUUCGUUUUUUUGGAAAUAGCUUUCAGUGAAAUGCUUAAAAAUGGUGAAAUCCUCAAGAGAGUAAUGGUAAAGGUGUCAGGGCACAGAUGUAAUGCUCUGUCCUUUCUGCUAGUUUGUCUUCGUUGUGUUGAAAGCACCAUCAUGGAGAAGAUCUCGGUCCGUGGAGGCUAUCAGGACGAUACAUCACCUUUGAUAUUGAACUUUAAUACAGACGUGACUGUAGCCACUAUGACAAGAAACCCAGGAGCCAAAUGAGUUAUUCACAGCUGUGUCGAUGUUUUUAUGCUAACAUGUGCCUUGCCAUAUUUCAGUGUCAUUAUAAUCCACUUAUAUUUAGCCAAGUAGUUAUAGUAUCUAUAUCAUAAUAUAUGUUGAACAAAUAACCAGCCUUUGUCUAUUGUUAAAUGCUUUUUUCAUAAAUAUGUGUGCAGUGA